AGAACUCAGAAGAUGCCAUGGCAAACAUAUUUUACAUAUGUGGGUUUGGCUUCCUUGCACUUGUUUAAAAGGUUAUUUGUAUGAAUCUCUAGUUUCUCCAGUGUGAGUCUAUGGAGAACACAGGAAAUCUUCAUUGGACAUUUCCCAUGUUUUCACCUUGGUGUUAUGGUCAAGGGAAAGCAGAUCCUAGAAUAGACGGUCUCAUUAUGAGGACAACAUCUUUUGGAUAAACUGGAUGCAGUCCUUUAAUUUCUUCCUGGAAGUAAAUUCAGGGAUCUAUACAAGAAAUAUAACCAAUGUAAAACUAGGUCUGACUUUUAUUUUUAUUAAGUCUGGUAAUGCAACUGACCAAAACCUCUUUUAAAAUGUUACACUAUGUGAUUCCAGUAGCCAGAACACUGAACACCCAGAAAAUGAGAAAUACAGAGAAAAUAAGGAGAUGCUAGAUAUGGCAGAAACAGAUAGGUUAACAGAUAUGAUAUAAAGAAAUAUCAGUUUCAUGGGAAUUCUGUGCUCCUAAUCCCAGCAAAUUUGGAGGGCUUCUUUAACAACAAUAACUAAUUCUGGGCAAAUUCUACCCAGAAAUAGACUGCUAACCAGUGAAGCUGUUUCAACAUGAUUUGAAUCCCUUCCCAUCUGUGUCCAAGAAUGAUUUUAGGGUUUGGAUUUUCCCCUUUCUGCCAGGUGAUGAGCAAACGUAUAGCACGGAUCCAGACAAUUCUGGAAUAGCAGAACCCCACAAAGUUGCAUGGAACAUUUCCCACAGCGAUGAUUUAUGGAAAGCUUUAGAGAGCCACCUGGAGAAAGGAAGUCCUCAAGUCACAGCAGGAGUUGGAGUCCAAUACAAGCCCUUGAAAAAAUGCCCCGAAUGUGGGAAAGGUUUUUUGUGGCGGUCGGAUGUUAUCAGACACCAGAUGAUCCACACAGGGGAGAAACCCUAUCUGUGUCCCGACUGCGGAAAGGGUUUCAGCCAUAAAUCAUGCUUGGUGAACCACCAGCAGAUCCACACCGGGGAGAAGCCCUACAAGUGCUCUGAGUGUGGCAAGAGCUUCGGAACGAAGGGCAACCUCAAGACACACCAGAAGCUGCACACCCAAAAGAACAAGGAGCAGAGAGGACUGGUGUUAAGACCAUUUAAAGAGGAGCGGGACAGUUUUCCGAACACAGAAGAAGCUUCAUCAGACUCAACACAGAAGAUCAUAUUAGGGGAGAUCAAGCAGGAGGAGAAAGUGGAAGAGGAUAGAGUUGCUGCCUCAAUGGGUGAUGAACAAACGUAUGUCACAGAUCCAGACAGUUCUGGAGAAGCAGAACCCCACAAGAUACUGCUUGGAAGAGUUGCGUGUAACAUUUCCCACAGCCCUGAUUUAGGGGAAGAUCCGGAGAGCUGCCUAGAAAAGGGAAAAUUGAGUUGUAGCCCCCAAGUCGAUGAGCGCUUGAAAAAAUGCCCCGAAUGUGGGAAAGGUUUUGCGUGGCAGUCAGAGCUUAUUGAACACCAAAGAUCCCACACGGGGGAGAGGCCCUACUCCUGCUCCUACUGCGGGAAGAGCUUCAGCUCCAAGGCGUACAUUAUUAAGCAUGAGAGGAUCCACACGGGAGAGAAGCGCUACAUCUGCUCCCACUGCGGCAAAGGCUUCACCUUCAGUUCUGAGCUUCUUAGACACCAAAAAAUCCACACAAGGGAGAAACCCUAUCUGUGCCCCGACUGCGGGAGGAGCUUCAGCCAAAAACAGUUUCUGGUGACCCACCUGCGGACCCACACUGGGGAGAAGCCCUUCAAAUGCCUGGUGUGUGGGAAGAGUUUCAGCAAGAGGUGCAGCCUCAAGACGCACCAGAAGGUGCACACCCAAGAGAAGAACUUCCAGUCCACUGACUAGUUGUGAAAUGCUCACCAGCAUCUCUCUCUCAGUGUGAGUGAAUUUGUGCACAGUUUGGAUUCACUAUGAUGAGUAACUCGUAUAGUUGGAAGAGACCACAUGGGCCAUUUAGUCAUGCAGGAAAGCAGGAAAAUGGAAAAUAAAUGUUCUUAAUACCUGUUUCAUACAA